AUGUAUAGCUUGUCCGCCGAUAAUGUCUUCAAGCUUCUCGUCGAGAUGAGUUAUACGUCGGCAAGAAAAGAACAAGGGGGUGGGGAUUGCAACCGUGCUGGCAAUGGUGGUGGCGGCGGCAGUGCAUGCUAUAAUUGCGGCGGAUUCAGACACAUAGCUAGGGAUUGCAUUAGUGGAGGUGGCGGAGGCGGCCGAAGAGGAGCAAACGGUGGGGGCUACUUUAAGCACAGCAAGUUCGGACACAUGGUGAGGGAUUGCAGUGGAGGUGGUGGCAGCGGUGAAUUUGGACACAUGGCGAGGGAUUGCAGUGGAGGUGGAGGCGGUGGUGGCGGUAACGGUGGUAGUUGCUAUAGGUGUGGUGAGGUUGGUCAUUUGGCUAGGGAUUGCAACAGAGAAGGUGAUUUGGGUGCUGGUGGAAACGAUGGAAAGAGCACGUACUUCAAUUGUGGGAAGCUUUGGCAUUUUUUACUUUUGCAAGGGGUUUUGAUAGUGGAGGAGAGGGAGUCUAGGCAGGAGGGGAAGGGUUGGGUGUUGUUUUUGCUUUUGAUGAAGAAGAAUAAGAGAUGA